AUGUUGGGAAGAAGCCUGAGGAGGCUGGUAAGAAGCAAACACGGAGGAGAUGUGGACAGUAAUCUGUUGCCUGAACAGCUAUUGGUUGACAUCCUGGCAGAAAGAUUUCAGUUAAGCGACUGUCACCGCGGCAUCGUGAUUGACGGCCUGGAGUCUGUGUAUGCUCAAUCGGCAGCAAGCGUGCUGCAAAUUAUUCUCAAGGCCCUUGAUAACCGCAAACGCAUCUUUGUAGUCAACCUGAGUGACUCGUACGACGCCCUGAAGGCACGAGAGGAAGCACAGAGAGAAGCCAAGGAGGCUCUGGAGAAAGAGAAAGCUGAAAUGGAGGAGCCGUGGUUGCAGGAGCUGGAUGAUGAGGAGUACGACGCUCUGCCCGAGGAGAAGAAGGAGCAUAUUGAUCAGCGACUAACAGAGAAGGAGCUCGGGCAGGAAGAAAAGAGGCUUCAGGAGGAGAUGACAAGGCUGAAGGAAGAAGAAUUGAACAACAAAAAGGGAGGAAAAAUGACUCUUAAAGAAGUGUCAAAGGAGAAGAGCACACUGGAGAGGAAGCAGACAACAGCUGCAGUCAAUGUUGUGCCGACGUCUGGCUCUAACAACUCCAAAAAAAUACGAGUGGUUGAAAGAAAGCAGCUUCCAUUAAACAAAGGUGCCAGCAGAUCGCAUCGGAGGAAAGAAGCCAAGCGAUUACAAGCAGAAUCUUCUGUGCCUGCAGACAAGCUUCAUGUCAUGUCAAAUUCUUUUUUCAGAUAAGGACACAAAAAUUCCAGCAAAAAUGGAGACAAAUGCAUUUUGUAUUACUCAAAAAGUAGACUUCUUUCCCUUUGUAUUUGCACUCUUGCAGCUCUUAAAAGCUAAAAUUGUUCUUACUAUCAAACGUUGCUCUGAAUACUAGAAAUAUAAACAACCAUUCAGUGUCCUAUGACAACAUCUCGAGUAAGAUGCUUACAACCUGUAAGAGCCAUUAUGCUCUCUUUUUGACUGUUGUAGUUCCACUGGAGAACACUGGGUGGAGUAUGGGUUUAAGGUGUAUGUAGAUAAUCAGGGAGCAAGGGAAGCCAGGUGUUGGGUUUAAGGUGUAUAUAGAUAAUCAGAGAGCAAGGGAAUGGGGGUGUUGGGGAAGCAAACAGUUUUUGACCGUGAGGAUCAAGCGUGAGGAUCAAGGGUGAGGAGCAAGAGUCAUGGUGCAUCAGAACUAUGGAUUGUAACAUGUUUGAGCAUCAGAACUGAGCAAAAAAUAAAGAAGAUAAAAUGCAGUAUUGGACUGGAACUGGAAUCAUUUGGAACCACGCGUCAGAUAGCCCUACAAAACACCUCUACUA